UAUACGAUGACAUAUCACACAUGUCAGCAGAAACGACAUAGCGCUCAUCUACCAGCCAGACUGUAACAGACUAUGCCCAGACAGCCUCCAGCCAAGCGCGCGAGGCUCUCCACCAGGGCGAUUUCAUCUACCUCGGAACAGCCAGAAGUUGGCCCAUCUCGCUCUGUUAAUGAUGAAUCACCCACUAAGCUUGACAAGGGCAAAGGCAAAGCGGAAGCCACUACUACACAAACACAAGAAAAACAAGGCAAACAAUCAGAAGGAGAGAUGGAUGCAACUGAAGAGCUUGAAGCAUGGCAAGAUUUUGCUGCGGAUCAUUAUGAAACGGUUGAGCAAUUACCUUUGGAGCUGCAUAGGAAUUUUAGAUUGCUGAGGGAGUUGGACGACGGCACGUUAGCACAAAUGGAUACGCUGAAGAAACUUAUACGUACUUAUGUGUCCGGAAGAAUAGCUCUAGAACAACCAAGAUCAUUGUCAACUCCAUUAGAAGAAGCGGCGCUCAAGAAAAGUAAUAGGGAGGAGGAUAGUAUCGAUGCUGAGAGGGCAGAGGAAACACUGUCACAUCAUGACUCACCUCAAGAAGGAGAAGAAGGUGUUAAUCCAGCCUCUGAGAUUACAGCGGAGCCGGCGAACUCGGGUGAACCGUCUUUAAACCCAUCGUUAACAGAUGAGAAACAGAAAGAGCCAGGUGUACCUCUAGCAGACGGUGCAGGUGGUCUCAUCAUUCCAUGUUCACCAGAAUCUCAAACAAGAGUCCCAGCACGAGCAAAAUUCCCUUCCUUGCCAUCGUCACCAACGGCUCGACACAAUGGGGCCAUUGAGAAUGACGAUCCAAACAUCGAUUCUCUUGCCCGAGCUGCAGCCCAACAAAACCGUUCUUCGUCAAUCCCGCUGAGAGCAUCUCGACCGGCUGGUCCCCAUUCUCUGCUGCCGGAAAUUUCGCGCCUUGCCCGCGAAAUUGUACGGACUAGCGAUGAGAAAGUUGCUGUCGCCAUCGGCGCUUACAACGCUGUUGACAGGCAUAUCCGCGCUCUGGAUUCUGCGCUCACGGCCCAGGAAGCGUCCAUCCUCCUUGGUCUUCGCCCUUCAACACUCCCAUCAAAUGCCAUCGACGAGGCUCUCGAUCUAGAAGGUAGUACGGGCAAGGCGGGCACUGGGCAACUCGUAGAUGGGCGGAGUCGUGGGCAAGGAACUGGAGACGGUGUGGGCGAAGGGGACGAACGGGAGGUGACACUAGGAAUAGGUGGGGGCGGGUCGAGAAAGAAAGGAAAAAAGAGAAAAGGAAAGCCAAAACAAAGAGAAUAUCAGGACGGGAAUGAAGAAGGCAAGGUGGAAGAAAACUGGAAUAUCCCUCCAGACCCAAAUGAGCCGAGGUACUGCUAUUGCAACAGAGUGUCGUUUGGAGAGAUGAUUGGCUGUGAUAACGACGAGUGCCCAUUAGAAUGGUUUCAUCUUCAAUGUUUAGGCUUUGAGAAUCCGCCGACAGGCAAGUGGCUAUGUGAUCUAUGUAAACCAAAAACAAACGGUCAUGGUGCGGGGACUUCUGCGGGAGCGGCUAGAAGGAGCCGGGUCAGUGGGGGAAGGAAAAGGUAGCCUAUCCAUACCCCUUAUAAUGCAGAUGAAUUACUGUACCCAGC